AUGGCUGAUAUGGAAACCUCAACCAUGUCGGCUUCAUCUGAACCUAUCAGAUCUGUGCUCUACGCCAAGGGCGACAGCCUUCCCAGUGAUAUUUGCGCUGUCUUGCCAGACGACGUAGCGGAUGGGAAAGCCAACAAGCCGCUCAAUGUCAUUCUUGUCGACAGACUGGAAGCAAGCUGGAAAAAGGAUGUCAGGAUGGAGAAAACGGAUAGGGACGUGCACCUUGAGGUGAUACAUACGCUUCCCACGCCAGAUACACCCGGAUAUUCUCAUAGGGUGAUUUCUACCGGUAUCAACUACUCAGAGAUACAACAAUGGCUUCUCGACUGUAAAACAAACCAUUCCGAUUGCAGGCAAUGCGUUACCAGCAUAUCAGAGGAAGUACGCGCCGGGCUUCAGUUCAUCGAUUGCUCAACAAACUCUGUCGGCCCUCUUCCAAGUGAUGCGCUGUUUGUCGCUUUGAGCUAUGUCUGGGGCAAGGAAACAUCCAGACCAGCUUCCCAAAGCGAUAAGAACAAGUUCUCGCGAGUAGUCAUAGACAGUAUCGAAGUAGCUCGCAAGUUAGGCAUGCGGUACCUGUGGGUCGACCGGCAUUGCAUCGAGGAAGCCAGCCUAGACGAAACAAUCAGGCACAUGGACGUGAUUUACCAUCUCGCGCGGUUCACAAUCAUCGCUGCGGCCGGGAAGAGCGCUGAACAUGGUCUCCCUGGUGUAUCGAGAAAGUUACGAGUCUGGAAAGCAGAAGUGGGACCAUCGCCAUCGCAUAUUUCUGUCCGGAUGGGAUCUCCUCAUCACGAAAUAACCAAGUCUGUGUGGUCCACCCGCGGGUGGACGUACCAGGAAGGCAUGCUUUCAAGACGUUGCAUAAUAUUUACAGAGUCUCAAGUGACAUUCACUUGUUUGUAUUCUGCAUACCGCAGAGAAGGAUAUCGAAUUGCACACAGGAAUCGCGGAACGGUCGGGAGAAGGGGUUACCUACAGAAGCCGAAUUUCCAGACCGAGUCGCAGUUCUUGAGUUCCUCGGAAAGAGACAGCACUAUUCGAAGGACCAUCAACGAGUUUUGUAACCGAGAGCUCACGUUCGACGAAGACAAUCUGAAGGCACUGCUAGGAGUAUUACGUUUCUACGAGACAAGCUUUCAACACCCCCAAUUCUAUCAUUUUUGGGGUAUACCGGUGGUAGAGUAUUCGAGAUCUUCGCUCCUUCAUGACCUAUUCUUCGUCAACUCCUUGUUUUGGGAGCCGUUUCCGCCCCGUGUUCUGCGGCGCGUUGGAAACCUCCCCUCGUGGACUUGGGCUGGAUGGAGAGGGUGGAAUGGUGCGCAGCCUUACAGAUUGAACGGUGAUAUUUAUUAUGAACGAGAAGGAGUGCCUGAAUGUGAGGGCAUGGCCGAUCUCCAAAAGGAGCCGAAAUCGUUCAAUAUCACUCAGUUUUGCAACGAUGUGAGCCUACGGCGAGAGGCUGAGUUGAGCCCGGUGUUGUACCUUACCGCUUGGAUAACGACAAUCGAGUUUCCAGUUGCAAAAGAAUUAUCCGAGGACGAGAAAGCGUACUUGUAUGAGUCGCCUUUUUCUGACCGAAAGAUAUGGUACCGACUUUGUCCUCAUGCAGGUCAGUAUACGGAUUUAAUAGCCAAGCCUCUUACAAUCGCUGUACUUGGCUGGGCAGCACGUCUUUCAACUUCCGUCACUUGCUGCUUAGUGCUGGUGCCGGAAGGCCCGGAGAGUUUCUCCCGCGUUGGCACAUUGAGAACUACCUGGAACUUUCUGGACCUGGAAGGUAUUGGGCCGGAUACCAAGCACCUGCCAGGCACAGGCAUACGAUUUAAUUGGAGGCGUAUUGCCAUCAUUUAA